AUCAUAAGCGUUUUCAAGAUGACUUCACCGGUAUCAUAUUCUAGCAAAAUGAAAUCGAAAAAUUCCCAUAAAACUUGUGAUUCUAGUUCAUGUCCAGCCCCAAAUAAUCCUCAGAAUACGCUGGAAGCAGAACUUUUAGAAGUAGAAAAAGAGUUAGUUGCUGCAGAAGAAGAGCUAUGGAGACUGGACAAAAUGCGCAAAGAUGCUGAAUUGACAUCGGAAGCAGAUGAAGAUAUACACAAUACUAAGAAUAUGGAUACUACUCGGCCGUUUGUUGUGAAAUCUUGUUUUGAUGAGGUUUUGAAAGAUUUGAUCAAUAAUGAUUGCAAAACAAACAUACAAAAAAUAAGGAAUUUGCCUAAUCCAAUUUGUAAUGAAUGUGAAAAAACAAAUCAUGCAGAGGAGGAUGAGGUUGAUGAUGAUUCAACGUGUGGUAACUUCGAUUGCCAAAGUAAACAGAAGUCUAACUAUUCAACUGGGAAUAUAAGAAGCAAACAAGCUCCUACUAAGUCAAGGGAUUCAACCCAUAAAGAAAAUAUUGAAAUUGAAGAUGAAGUAUGCCCAACGGUCAAACAGUUAAAAAAAAGUUGUAAAAUUAAAGAAAGCCGUGAAAAUUACAAAAUAUCUCCAGAUGACCUUUUAAAAUUUGCCUGUCCUUGUAAACCUCCCAAUAUAGGAAAAGCCUUAAUUAUACCAAAUACAUCAAAUAAACAUAAAACACCGCAAAUACUACCCAAGCGUACGACAAGAAGGAUUGAAAGAUGUCCGCCACCUAGGAAAAGACUAAAUAAGUUGAAAUCCAGAGAAAAUUCUAUUAAUAGAGUUAAGCCGUCAGAAAACAAAUGUAUGAUAACAGAUUGUAAAAAAGAUGAAGAUCCAUGCCUUGAGUUUAAUCAAAAGGUAUUGGGAGUGGAUAAAGAAACCGGUUGUACAUGGACACCAGAAACCCCUGAGAUAUCCAAAGCAGAGAUUUUUUAUAAAAACAAAGAAGAGCAACUGGAAGAUAUAAUCUUGGAUUUAAAAGACUACAUUAAACAAAACACCAAAAAGAUUUUAAAAACCUUCGAUAAGGGUGUUAUUAAAUCAUAUUCUGAGGGCUAUCUUCCAUGUGAUGAUGCUUGUGCUUGUGACUGCCAAGAACAACAGUUUUUCGAAAUUAAAAGUUAUAUGGAUGAAGACAAAUUAGAUGAUAAAAAAGAAGAAGAUUGUACUUGUGAUAAUAUAAAAAAUAACUUGAUGAACAUAAAAAAACUCAAAGAAUCCGUAGAAAGGUUUAAGAAAGACGAGAGCAUGCGUAAACAUCCUGAUUCAAAUAAAUACGUACAGUGUACGGAAUGCUUAAACGAAGAUGUUCAAACUAACAACUCCAGAGAGGUUUUAAAAACUAAUACUUCAAUUGAAAAGUCUUAUCAAGAAGAAGAUUAUCAAUGUAAUAAAUGCUGGAAAAAAGAUUUAGGGGAAUUUCCAAAUAAAAGUAAAGAUAAAAUUAAAAGUUCAAAAACAUCUAAUGAGCGUGUCAACAAUGAUGAAAUAUAUGAAUGUAUUGAAUGCUUAAUUGAGGAUUUACAAAGUAUAAAGGGUAAGAGAGAAGAGGAUUUAGCUAAAAAUAUUAAUUUGGAUAACAAUAAGUCAGAAGAUAAAAAAGUCAAAAUUGAAGCCCUAGAUACUGUGAAGAUAGGGAAAACCGUGCCUAUACCAGCUGAUGACACUUACAAUUGUAAAGAAUGUUGGGAAAAAGGAGUAAAAAUGAAUACUUCUAAAAUUGAAUCCUCAAGAACAUUGAAUCUACCAGAUAAAACUACAGAAGUAAUAAAAAAAGAUGUUCUUAAUAAUAAACCUAAAAAAGAAAGUGAAUACUUAGAAUGUACAAGAUGUUCAAAAGAGGAAACGCGGGAAGUUGCAAAGAUAAAUGAUGCUAAUAUAAGAAAGAGUCUUGCUGCUAAAAAUGACAAAGGUUAUGAGUGCACUGAAUGUUUGAUCGAAGAUCUAGAACAUACAAUUAAAAAUUUAAAAGAUUACGUUCAACUUGCCAAAAGCUUACAAAGAGUAAAAACAAAUCAAGAUAGUAAUAAUCAAUAUAAAGUUAAUGACUCACAAGACAUGAAUGCAAAGGAUGAUGAAUUAUAUGAAUGCCUUCAAUGUUAUGAUAAGGAUAGCAAGACGUAUCCUGAACCAAAUGUAGAGUCUUUAGCUAAAAAAGAAACUAGUCAGAACAUUACAAAACGUGCUGAAGAUAUUAAUGAUAAAGUUGAUUUUGAGGAUAAAACAGCAAUUGAUAAUAAACAUGAGAAAAUAGCUCAUCUUGCACCCGAGGUUGAUAGUGAAUACAUUUGUUCUAAAUGUUCAGAAGAGCAUCCACAAUAUUUACAAGAACCUUCCAUGCAAUCAAAACUUACACCUAAUGAACUCCCUCAAAAACAUAAGGAACCAAGUAUUCCCGAUACAAAUAACUUACGUAAUAAUGAACCACUUUCUGAAUAUAAACAUGAAGUAAUUAAAGAAAAUGAAAAAGAAUACGUUUGUUCCAAAUGUCCAUUUGAUGACUCACAAACAGAAAAAGUCCAGAAAGCUAACAAUAUUCAGAAAAUAAGAGCGCCUGAAGAAAUCGACUUUACUUGCAAGGAAUGUAUGGAAGACCUAGUAGCAAUUGAAGAAUUACGCCAAGCUGUAUUAGCUAAUAGAGAAGCAAAGGCAGCUGAACAAGCAAAUAAUAACUCUACAGCAUUCGGUUAUAUUGAAUGUGGUGUUUGUAAAGCAAAAGUACCUGAUAUAAAAAACAAAUUAUUAGAACCUGAAAAAGAAAAGAAAACUAUAACAAUAGAAGAAAACACUAAAUGUAGGUACCAAAAUGAAUGUAAUUUGUGUGCGAAGGAUUAUAUUACUCCACCUCCUUCACAAUAUAAGAAUAAAAUAUCAAAUGAAUAUGAUCAGUGUGAAAAGUUAUGUGUACAGGAACAUGUCCCAAAUCUUUCUACAAAUAAAAUAAAAGAAAAUGAAUAUCAUCACGGUAAAUGUAAAAAAAUAUGCAUGUCAGAAGAUGGACAAAUAGGAUCUGUCAAAACGGAACAAGAAGAAAAAUCCUUUGUUAAUGAAGAAAAAUUACAACUUCCUGCUCAAAACAAAGUAAAAGACGAAGAAUAUGAUUAUUCUGAGUGUAAUAGUCAAUGUAAAGAUGUCAUUACAAUAAAGAAAAAUCCAAAAGAUGUAAUUAAAGAUGAAAAAGGUUCCAAAAAAUCUCAGAGAAAAAGGAAAAUAAAAGAUAAUGAGGAAAUAUUAGUUUGCACAAAAUGUAGCAAUAAUGAGGAAAAUAAUACAAUUUUACCAAUAGAUUCAAAAGCUAUUUCCAGCACUAGUACUGGUCUUCAGUCUAGUCAAUGUAAAGUCAAAAACGAAUGCAACGAAUGUACGGUCGAAGAUAUCAAAGUAAUCAAUAUUAAGGAUGAAAUUCAAAAAGAAAGUCAAAAUUCUGCAUGCCCGGAAUGUGCGACGGAUAUCCAACUAACCCAAUCAACACACCCCGUUGCUUCAAGCGGAAAAGACAUAAAUAAGAAACCCCCCGAGUAUGAUUUCUAUGAAUGCAACGACUGCCUUGAUACAGUAAAAGUUAAGAAGGGUUCAUCAACAUUAAAUAAAUAUGAAAUUAAUAACAACCGCGAAGAAACUGUACAAAAUGCUGCCAAAAAUGAUGACAAUGAGCACGAUAUUGGAACAAAAAACAUUGAAAUUAACCACGAAAAGAAGACAGAUAAAAGUUGUGAAUAUAAAAUAGAUAACACGAGCAAAAGUAGUGGUUACAUUGAUGAAUGCGAUGGCUGCCUUACAGAGGAAGCACUCUCUAAUGCUGAUCCAACCACUAAUAACACAGUAUAUGAAUACUUUGAGUGUGAUAAGUGUAAUGAAAUAGUUCAAGUUAAAAAAGAAUCUGAUAAACCGAAUGCAUCUCAUAACUCAGCAAAAAAUGAUAAAGUGCCAAAAAGAUCAGCUGCUGGGGUUAAAAGAACAAGUGAUGGAAAAGAAGUGUUCAUUUGUAGCAGCUGUGCUGAAAAAGAUGAAUGUAGGAGUAAUGAAAAUGUUGAAUGUCUCACAUGUUUGACAUCUGGAGUGCGGUGUAGACAAAUUUAUAGAAAUGCUAUAAAUACUGAUCCUAUCCUCUCCCGAAGCUGCCGGGAUACAAAAAAUGUUAAGAGUGAAACAAAAGUCGCUAAAAUGUGUCCAAGUUGUGGUAGCUUUUUAUUACCAAAAAGAGAUAUAAAUCUUCUUAAAAACAGUGAAGUUCAGAAUCAAAGACGCAGCCUGAAGAGUGGUGCAAAUAGGCAUGCUAGUGAGACAAAGUAUGAUAAGAAGUGUCUAGGUUGUAGUAUCACGAUAACAACCAAAAGAGACACCAGGAGCGUAAAAAAUUGCCAAAUUGCGAAAGAUAUCGGAUCUACAGCAAAAGAAUAUCAUAAAAAGUGUCUGGUUUGUGGUAGCACUUUAGUUCCCAAAAAAGACACGAGUCAAAUUAAAAGUUGUCAUACCAUUAAAAAUAGCAAUUUUGGUAGUGAGGCCAAAACUAGUACUAUUUCAAGAGAUUAUGAAAAGAAGUGUCUAGUUUGUGGAAGUAAACUAGUACGUAAAAUGGAUAAAAGCCGUAUUAAAAAUUUACAGAAAGAUACCCGGAGUAUUCAAAGCGUUAGUGGUACCAGCAUAAGAAAUUAUGAUAAGAAGUGUUCAGUUUGUGGUAAAAAAAUGAUGAAUGAUAAGGGAAAUGUGAAUGACUCUAAUGAAAAACCAAAAAGUGAUGAUCAAUUGACAAACUAUAGUAAUCCCAGUUAUGUUGAUAGUACAGCAGACAAAGUUAAUGAAUCUAGCAAUAUCACUAAAUCUAACGAUAGUAAUAAUAAAGGAACGGACAAAGAUAGUUAUAAUGAUACACCUGAAAAACGUGAGAACACUGGCAAGACUACUUUUAAUGUUCAAAAUUCUGGGGAAACCAUUACAUCUCCUAGAAGCAAGAAUGCUAACAGUGAUGGAAAUACGAAAGAUAAAGACCAAGAAGAAGACACAUACUCAAUUGCUAGCGAAUAUGUUAGAGAUAAAAAUGACGAAAGAAGUUCAAAACAAUCAAAUAUACAAGAUUAUAAGGAGAGGAGAGAAUGGAAACGCAAGUAAAACUAUUUUAUGUAUCUAGACUAUUAAAGCCAAUAUGAAAGUUAGUAAUUCCUACCAUGUAAUUUUCAUAUAAGUCUAUUAAAUGUUUUGUGCAUAAAA